GCAAUUAAAAACUUACCAAGUGACUUAGCUCCAAGUACUAGAAGUAUCGCGCGAGAUUAUGGUCUUCCUGAAACCACCCUUCGAUGUGCCAUCAAAAAUGAUGGUCCCCUCACUCGUCUGGGCCGUGCCAAAAUCCUAACUAACCAUGAGGAAGAACAGCUU